CCUUAAGCGUUCUUAAGACGAGAGCUGUGAGGGGAAAACUACGCAAGGAGCCCUUUUCCCUUAAUGUCCCUUCGACUUUUGCUUUCACUUCGAAAUGAAUGUGGAAAUGCUUUCACGCCUUAUUUUUCUAAUUCCUCGAUGUUGGGUUUUUUCUCUUCUUUAUAUCUGAACUUUUUAAUGCUCUUCUUCCUAUGACCUUUCAUCUAAAAACUGACCACUCCUAUACAGCUUUUUACGGUAAAAAGAAAAAAAACAAAAACUGUCUUUAAUCUUACAUAACUGAACGAAUUCAUUGGCUCAGUAUUAAGAUAACUAGUCAGUAUGUACUGUUCUGUAACUUAAAAGAUGACCUGAAAAUUAACAGGCCCUCUCCCAUUUCUCUUCUCACCCUAUCCCCCACCGAAGAGGGCUCAGAAGAAAGUUUUUAUUAAUGUAUUUGGGGUCAGAGAAAUAUAAACAUCACAAAGAAUACGCUAUACCCAGCUUAAAUGUACUGGAACGUUUUUCAGUGAGUUUCAUUUCCAAAGUUUACCCUACAUUGGGAAUUGUAGAAGUGAGUUCCUGUGAAACUGGAAGGAAAACAAAAGCCCCAUGCAACACGUUCCGGGCUGUUGUGUUGAUGUUUAUUCUAGUCACUAGGGGAAGCACAUAAAAACAGUUGAGGUGUGUACUGGAGGGCGAAUUUUGUCCUUUUUGGGAGUUCAUGAUAUAAAGAUCUAGAACCAAAAAGUCAAAUCAGAAGGUCGGUUUAGGCUUUAGUUCUCUUUGAGGAAAGAGAUUUAAAGCAAUAGACUGUGAUAGUUACCCAGUAGACUAAAGAAGUUGCCUUUCUUUUGAUUGGAAUUUUUUGGCAAAGUUUGGAGCAUGGAAACAAAUGAAAAUUGAACUUGCUCAUUUUUUAGGAUGGUAUAUUGAUUGCCCCAACAUAACUUUCUAAAAUCAUGCAAUAAGCAUAUAUGAUGGUAGUUGUAAAAUGCUUCUUGUUUUGAAAAUGUUGAGUAAUUGUCGAUAGAAAAUGUGCUGUCCAUUCAUACAUUUCUUCAAUUAACUUUCAUUAUUAAAAAAAUUGAGGGGUUGAUGUUUGAUUUGGUUUGUGGGGAGUGAAGAGAACUACUAGAGGGACCUUGUUUGCUUUUUUUUUUUUUUAAUUUAUCAGGAAGUCUAGGAAAGGAGUAAGUUGCCGACAAUUGUCACUUUUCCCUCCUAAGAAAGUAACAUAUCAAGAUUCCCACCCACCAGCCUGGGCGACAGAGUGAGACUCCCUUCUCCCCCCCCCCCAAAAAAAAAAAGAUUCCCACCCACUUUUAAACUAAAAUACAUGUAGGCAUUAAAGAUUUAUUUAAUAGAAAUAAAGGGCCUUACGGCCCUUUGUGGUCAUAAGAAAGACUUUUUUCACAAGUGGUACCCAAAUGUAUUUUCAUGGAAAUCAGAGAGUGCUUGUAGGCUCACCUGUUGUAUCUUUUUAUGUUUUGUCUUUUAGUUUUUAUAGGUUGAGAUAAUUGUCUUUAUUUGCAAUUGGUUAAAGAAUUAGAACAAUGCCAGAAGCUUGUCUGGAGAUGUCCUUUUUAAAUCGUUUCUGGCCGGGUGCAGUGGCUCACGCCUGUAAUCCCAACAAUUUGGGAGGCGAGGCGGGUAGAUUACUUGAGGUCAGGAGUUCGAGACCAGCCUGCCCAGCGUGGUGAAACCCUGUCUCUACUAAAAAUACAAAAUUAGCUGGGCUUGGUGGCGUGCGCCUGUAAUCCCAGCUACUUGGGAGGCUGAGGCAGGAGAAUUACUUGAACCUGGGAGGCGGAAUUGCGCCACUGCACUCCAGCCUGGGCAACAGAGUGAGACUCUUAUCUCAAAAAUAAAUAAAUAAAUAGGUCCAUUAAAGAAAUUUUAAGUGGAGAUGUCCUUUGGAGCUGGGAGUGAAAGUAGCACUUAAGCGGUGGCUUUCGCAUGUCUUGAUAAAAGUAAUGAGUUGUUUGCCUCAAUACAGCUUCAGCCAAAAUUGGGAUUUUGAGCUCAAAAACUGUUAAUGCCCUUCAUAGAAAUUAAGGGCAAUGGAAAUCUUUUCUUAACAUUUUACACCUCUACCCCUAAAAUUUUAAGAAUUAUACUUCAUAAAAAUGUGCAGUUUUCAUACAACAGCCCAGUGUUGAUAAUAGAGGUUAAUGAUUCCUUAUUGUUAGGGACCUAUCUUGUAAUUCCAGAGUUAUUUAUGUUUUCUACAGUUGAAGAGGAAAAAUACCGCUUAUUCUUGCCUCCUUUUCAGGAUUUGUUUUGGCUUCUUGAGUAGCUGUAAUAUUUUUGAGACUCCUACAGGCCGGGCGGGGUGGCUCAUGCCUAUAAUCCUAGCUACUUAGGAGGCUGAGGUGGGAGAAUUGCUUAAACCCGGGAGGCAGAGAGCGGAGAUCGCAUCACUGCACUCUAGUCUGGGCGACAGAGCGAGACUCUGUCUCAAAAAAAAAAAAAAAAAAGGCAAACAUUUAUCUGUACCAAUUUGGAAUUAAAAGUUUUGUGUGUAAAGAUUUUUUGUUAAAGAAUAGAAGAAAUGGGGGGAGGGUCCUUUUCUGAAAUCUGAGAAUGAUAGGGAUGAUGACUACUUAUUCAAAACCCAACUCUGUGACUGGCUUGUUUAAAACAAAACAAGGCCGCGCGCGGUGGCUCACGCCUGUAAUCCCAGCACUUUGGGAGGCUGAGGUGGGUGGAUCACAAGGUCAAGAGAUGGAGACCAUCCUGGCCAAUAUGGUGAAAUCCCGUCUCUACUAAAAAUACAAAAAUUAGCUGGGCGUGGUGGCGCGUGUCUGUAAUCCCAGCAACUCGGGAGGUUGAGGUAGAGAAUCACUUGAACCCAGGAGGUGGAGGUUGCAGUGAGCCGAGAUCGACCACUGCACUCCCCACAGUGCACUCCAGCCUGGUGACAGAGCAAGACUCUGUCUCAAAAAAAAAAAAAAAAAAACCCAAAACUUUUAAAUUGGGCUUAAAAUUUGUGUAUGAAAUUUUAAGAUAAAUGUGAGAGAUGUCAGCAUUUAGCUUAUUCAGCAUCUUUAGCAAUUUAAUUCCAUAUAUCAUCAAAUUGACCUUACAUAAGGGUAAAGCUUGCUUUCUUAUAGUAGGGAUAGUGUUAACCUAAGAGAGUCUUGGGUUUAAUCUGUUUUCCUAAAUUUAAGUACUAUCAUUUAUCUGAUUUUAAUGCUUUCAAUUGUUCUCCUCCCCCCUUCCAUUUAAGCAAAUAAUUUGUAAACUUAAAAAAAAAUUUAAAUCUCGAAUUUUUAUAUUUGAGGUUCUUUCACUGAAGGAUGCUAAUCUGCUCAAUAUAAGUAGAUGGCAAGAUUUUGAAAAGGAGCAGCGCAAGUAAUUAUACCCACAGUGCAUAACUAAUUUUACAGUUCUGUCAUAGAGGCUUAUACUUUGUACUACUCAUUAAGUGGAAUAUAGAACCUUGAGAUCUGAAGGAAUGUCCAGGGAUUCAAAUAUUUAGGGAUGUGUGGUUUGGAAAACACUUUGUGGGCUUAAUUUUGUAAAUCCACCAAACUCUAACCUAUGAUGUAGCAUAACAAGUGUGAAAUAUCAUCAAUAAUCAGUAUAGUAGUUUCUUAGAACUUGACUGACAGAAAACUUUCUUUGAUAGUAUCAGUGGGUGCUCAUUCAUUAGAUAACUAAAAGAUGUGUAUUCACGUGCUAAUGAAUUAAAACUGAUUGCUAUUUGUUCAUAUGUCCUCACAAAUUUAGCAAGACAGGCAUGGAGGUGAAAAAAGAUAGUAACAACCAGAUGAGGGAAAGAUUGUAUACACUGAAGAAAAGUUGAGAGGAGAAUAAUAAAGGGAAAUAUGGUUUCCUUUCCCUCCUUUUAAGUUACUUCUAUAUAUAGUUACAUAUAAUCCUUCCUGUCCCAUGACUUUCACCAAAGAUGGAGUGACUAGGCCUGACUAAUAUGUAGAAGAAAAGUUGUGAUUUUUCCUUGAAACCAGGACCCUAUCAUCUGACUUACCAAGAUUCGUAAAUACUGUAUAACACCAGAAGAUGAGAACAUAGAGAAUGCUGUAACAGGUUCUUAGUAGUUUGGGUUUAGUUGCUAUAUGGUUAAACCACAUUAGCCCUUAAAACAAACUUGUUUUUUCUACCUUUGAAAUUGCCACUUAUACAUUAGCUUUUUGAACAUUACAGUUGAUCAUGAUAUAUAAGCUAGGAGACUUAUGAACCACAUUUAAAAUCUGUACUAAAUAUUGUAAAUUUUACAGGUAAUUUCACAAUUAUGGUAUGAGUUUAAAUUUGAUUAUAUGUGGGUGUCAGUUACUAAAUCAUUUAUGAUAAGACUAUUCUAAACUUCAGAGAAUAAGCAAACGUACAGUAUUAGAAUAUGUUUGAGCCUUUGCAGAUUAAGACCACAUUGACUUCAGAAUGCAGCAUAUAGGCAUGCUGCAUUUAAAAGAAGGGAAAUUAUGUUUAAAUUUAACUAAUAUGAGCAGUUGCUAUCUUCUUUUUAAGGGAUUUGUUCUAAUAGCAGUUAUGGUUUAAGGAGAGAAUGGAAGUGUUGCUUUAACUUCAUGGGGUCUGUAUAAGUAUUCUACCAUACCCAAGAGGAAGGAAGCAGAACUGUUCUUUCUAUAGGCUGAGGUUGAGUAAAUACAGGUUUUUUACAAGUCUUGAAGAAUUUCUUUAGUAAAUAGUAAGAUGAAUAUUGUAAGGUAUUUGGAUAAUUUAGGUACAUUUCCCUUUGUUUGGGGUACUUGUGAUUUUCCUGAAUGCACUAGUGUGUAUCUAUGGAAAUAGAGCUCCAGUGUCAUAAAGUGGCAGGAAAACACAUUUUGAGUAAGUUUGUUUUACAAGCUUCUACUCAUAGACUUGGACUUGAGUAAAUUUGGCACUCUUAAAUGGCACAGAAUUUGCCUGGCCUUAAUGUUAGAGUAAGUUACAGUAUAGCAUUUAUAUUGUUUAUUUAUUUUAAUGGAUAGCACAUAUAUAUAUUGUAUUGGAAUUUCUUUUUAUGGUAUGACACAGGCUGUAUUAAAAGACUGCAAUUAUUGUUUGCUGUAGGAAUUGUUCAUGUUCCUCAACAGUAUGUACAUGUAUAUAAUAACCCUUUUCCUGAUUUAAGAAUAGUACGUGGUUAUUGUGGUUAUUCAGUGUGUAAAAUACAACUCUGUUUUAACACAGACAAUUCUUGACCAGCUUGUAUUGGUUACACUGUAAUACUUUCUUAGUAUUAGUUCCCUCCUUUUAAUUUUUGGCCAUUUCCUUCAACCAACAGCAGGGGCAUCUUGAUAAUAGAAUAGUUUAAUCAAGCAGGCCGGGUGCAGUGGCUCAUGCCUGUAAUCGCGGCACUUUGUGAGGCUGAGGCGGGUGGAUCACUUGAGGUCAGGAGUUCGAGACCAGCCUGGCCAAUGUGGUGAAACCCCAUCUCUACUAAAAUAAAAUACAAAAGUUAGCUGGGUGCGGCGUUGGGUGCCUGUACUCCCAGCUACCCGGGAGGCUGAGGCAGAAUUGCUUCACCCCAGGAGGUGGAGGUUGCAAUGAGAAGAUUGUGCCAUUGCACUCCAGCCUGGGUGACAGAAAAACUAAACAAGCAAAUAAUCAUCAAAACAAAAACCUGUUUAAGCAGGUUAUGCUGUUAAAAGAACUUUUCUGCCUGGCUUCUGCUUUAUAGCGUGUAAGAUAGACUGGAGGUCUAUUUAAGAUUUCCGUUAAAAUUCAUGAUAUGAGUUGAGUUAUUAAUCUGCCCAUUUCAACUGGGCAGUGUAUUUUUAAUGGUUAUUGGAUGCAGGAGCCAGAUUACUGAGGAAAUGUAGGAUUCUUUGACUGGACAGCUUUAAGAACAAGUAGUCUAGUGAAAUAGGGCAGAUACCACCCAUUCCUAGCAAUUUUUUUUUUGUUUGCAAUUUCAAUUCAUUUUCCAAAUUAUGGAUAGUUUUAUGAAUUUCUUUGAGAAAAAGUUGAAAUUAUUUCAUAAUGAAGACAAGUCAGAGAGAAAAGGAUUAGUCUAGCAUUUAUCCUCUUUAUAUAAAGGACUUCUUAUAGCUUGAUUCCUAAUGUAGAGUUCCAUGAAAGUGGCAUUUAUUUGGUAACAGCUUUUGAGAAAUGUUACUUUAUUUCUAAAUAAUUAUAUACUUGGCAGUUUAUUCUUCCAGUUAAGUUUACUAACAGUGUUACUGACUGAUUUGUUAAUUAAGUGUGUAAAUUGUUUUUGAAAGUUAAAAUGAAGCCGGGUGUGGUGGCUCACGCCUGUAAUCCCAGCACUUGGGGAGGCCAAGGCAGGCAGAUCAAGGGGUCAGGAGAUCGAGACCAGCCUGGCCAACGUAGUGAAACCCUGUCUCUAUUAAAAACACAAAAAUUAGCUGGGUGUGGUGGCGCGCACCUGUAAUCCGAGCUACGCAGGAGGCUAAGGCAGGAGAAUCGCUUGAACCCGGGAGGCGGAGGUUGCAGUGAGCCGAGAUCUUGUGCCACUGCACUCCAGCCUGGGCUACAGAGCGAGACUCCAUCUCAAAAAAAAAAAAAAAAAAAAAUCAUGGUGACAACUUCGUAGCUAGGAAGAAGAGGACUGUUUUAAACUUAGAUGUUUCCAUGAAGAAAUUUAUGCAGACUUGAGAUUUCCUCUGAGAUAAAGAGAGAGAAGGGCAGACAACAAAGGAGGUUAGGUAUUUGUGACACCUUUGAUAAUAAAAAGCAAAGCUUCUUUUAAAAUAAAUCUAAUGUUGACCGGGCAUGGUGGCUCACACCUGUAAUCCCACACUUUGGGAGGCCGAGGCGGGCCGAUCACUAGAGGUCAGGAGUUUGAGACCAGCCUGGCCAACAUGGGAAAACCCCAUCUCUCCUAAAAAUACAAAAAUUAACCGGGCAAGGUGGUGCAUGCCUGUAAUUCCAGCUACUCAGGAGGCUGAGGCAGGAGAAUCACUUGAACCCAGAAGGUGGAGGUUGCAGUGAGCUUAGAUGGCACCACUACACUCCAGCUUGGGUGACAGAAUGAGACUCCUCCGUCUCAAAAUAAAUAAGCUAACGUCUCUUAAAAAGACAUUCUAUCAUACCGUAAUGCUUUGCUGCUACUCCAAAACUGGGAUUUAAAAUUUGAAUUUUAAGAUGUUACUGAAUUAUUUUGUUUACUUUAAUAAAAGGUUUUUAUUUCCAUCCUAGUAAAAUUAAAGGAUUGUAGUGUUUUACAGAGGAAAGCCUCCCGUGUAUAUAUAAGAAGGACGGUAGCAACUUUCGUAGAUGAUAAUCCAGCUAUUGCUAUUCAACAGUAGCAUAAAUGAAUGUUAUGUCAUAAGGUCUAUUUUGUAGAAAGGGAAGCCAAAAGAGAAGAGGGGAGUAUGAGAUGCUCUUAUCUAUGUGGUUAAUGAACCAGUCUGUGAAACUUAAAUUACAAGCAAAUUAGCCAUGCCUUUUUUUUUUUAAAUAAGAUACUGAAUAUGCUGUUUUCAUAGUUUCAGUGACUGAAAAAGCCCAGAUUGCUGUGCCUGCUGCAGACAUCUGUUCAGUAGUUUAGAGUAUCUGAGAUGCAGUGAAAGACUUGUAGGUAGCUAAAUAGGAAAGGUUGGUAUUGAGCGGAAAGGUAGCUGUGUAUUUCAGUUUUGAUAAAUAAGUCUUGACAUUAAACUUGAAGCAAAGGAAACAUUUUCAGAAAGCUGUUUGAGUUGUGUGAUAGUCUUAAGGCAUAAAUAAAUUGGUAUGAAAUUACUUCUGUGAAAUGGAGAUAAUUAUUUACACUGAUAAUCAAGGCUUAACUGGACGGAAACCAAACUGUCUAUCCUGUUUUGAUCAUGAGUGCCUCAUAUCUGUUUAAAAGAAAAAAAAAAAGAAAGCUUAUGAUCAGUAAGUUAUAUUAUUUCGAAUGCUUUGAUUUACAUCCAAUUUUUUCAGAAAGCCAUCACUUUUUGGAUAUAGGAUAUAGUCACUGAAGGGAGUGCCAGCAUACAUAAAUGCAUAAAUUAUGUAAAAACUGAACAAAACAGGUGGAAUCAAAGAUAAAGACCAUGAUAUACAUUUUGUACCUUCUUGCACAUUGUGGUAUUUCAUGGAUAAUAGAGCAUUUUAAAGUGAUAUGGUUGCAAAAAUGUAUAUAUCAGGAAUUAAUAAGCUAAUGGGGAAAUUUUAAGACUUUGAUGCCUAUUAGUUUUUUCAGUAUGCUUGUUUGUCUUCAGAACAUAUUUUAAGUCAGAAUGAACAAAGAUAGUGGUCAAAGUUGAAAGAAGGUGUAAUUUUACUGAUUUUUUUCUUUUUGACUUAUUUGAACUUUGAUACGUGCUAUGGGUGAGUUUAGAUAGGUGUGUACAAAUAUUUCAGCCUGGGAUGCCUUACUCUAACUAUAUCUUGAUUUCUUAGCAUAACUUAGUGAAAGCUUGUUUUAAGAAUCUUCAGAUUAUAAAAUAGUGAAAAUUUAACAGGUGGGGGGAAAUUAUAGUUGUUAGAUUUAUGUUUGGAUUAUUUAUAUUAAAAUUGCUCACAUUUUAGGAACUAGAAUGAAACAUGGGAGGAGGGUGAAGAGUAUGGUUAAAAAAACAUUUAGAGAAAUUUAGUAACUUCUCUGUUAGAAACUAGAGUUUUGAACAAUUUUAAAGACUAUAAAAUUGUUUUUUUUUUCUUUUUUUUUUUUUUUUAAAUUAGUUACUUGCACUUUACCUGCUGGCUUUUCCAUUUGGUAGAUAACAUUCUGAACUCCAGCAGAGUUUUAUAAUCCCCACGUGCUUAAAUAUACUAAAUGUUCUUUUUCCAUUAAGGUUAAUGUUCGUGAAGAAAUUGAAGAGUUUUUUCCAAGAAUGUGGAAGAUAAAUCAAGAUAAAAGAAGGCUAAUGAAAAGUAUUAAAGAUCAGAAAAUUAAAAUUGAAUGGGGGAAAAAAUUGAACAGAAGAUUGGUCAGAUAGAAGCACUUGAAUUUUUUUUAAGGCUAUUUUGAAUUGUUUGAAUUGGGGAAGAAUACACGAAGUAUGAAAAAUGAAAAACUCAAUGAAGAAUGAAGAGAAGUAGAAAGCAAGAGUGAAGUAGAAUUAAAAGAAUCUGGAAGAAUGAAUGGGUCCUAGGUUAAGUAAAUGAGUCUCGCUCUCAGUCAAAAUCUCCAACGGGAACUCCUGCUCGUGUAAAAUCGGAGAGCAGGUCAGGAUCUCGUAGUCCAUCGAGGGUUUCCAAACACUCUGAAUCCCAUUCUCGAUCAAGAUCAAAAUCCAGGUCGAGGUCAAGGAGGCAUUCUCAUAGACGUUACACUCGAUCCAGAUCCCACUCUCACUCUCAUAGGAGACGAUCUCGAAGUCGAUCAUACACACCAGAAUACCGGCGGCGAAGGAGCCGAAGCCAUUCUCCAAUGUCUAACCGGAGAAGACAUACUGGCAGCAGGGCAAAUCCAGAUCCCAACACUUGCCUUGGAGUGUUUGGCCUCAGUUUGUACACAACAGAGAGAGAUCUUCGUGAAGUAUUUUCUCGAUAUGGACCAUUGAGUGGUGUCAAUGUGGUUUAUGAUCAGCGAACUGGACGAUCUCGAGGAUUUGCAUUUGUGUAUUUUGAGAGAAUAGAUGACUCAAAGGAGGCUAUGGAAAGGGCAAAUGGAAUGGAGCUGGAUGGUAGAAGAAUUCGGGUGGAUUAUUCUAUCACCAAGAGAGCACACACACCAACACCAGGCAUCUACAUGGGCAGACCAACUCAUAGUGGUGGUGGUGGUGGAGGAGGAGGUGGUGGUGGAGGUGGAGGUGGUGGCAGACGUCGAGAUUCUUACUAUGAUAGAGGAUAUGAUCGUGGGUAUGACAGAUAUGAAGACUAUGAUUACCGGUACAGAAGACGAUCACCUUCUCCUUAUUAUAGUCGAUACAGAUCACGAUCAAGAUCUCGUUCCUACAGCCCAAGACGCUAUUGAUAACGGAAUGGUUGCAAUUAAGGACAUUUUUUUCCUCUUUGUUUUCUUUCUUUUUUUUUUUUUUUCCUGAGACUUCCCCAAGCUUUGGAUUCUUCCUACUCCUUAAGAAAAAAAAUCGUUGAUUUAGCAUCUACACUUUUGUCAAUUGUGUUGCUGUUUUCCACCCCUUUUAAUUAUACUCUUAAAGAUGUAAUUGUUGUCAUUUUGAGCAGUUAAACAUCUUGAGUAUAAAAAGAACCCCAAUGUUAUGCUUUGUAAAUUUUUUUUUUUUUUUUUUUUUUGCUUUUACCUAAACUUCUAACUAAUCAAAUAAGGAAAGAAACUGUCUUUUUAAAGCUUAUUUUGUGUUAGAUACUGUAUUAGAGAUCUGCAUUUAUCAUGAACUCCUUUUUUUAACUUUAUUUUCAGGAAAGUAACACAUGAAGUAGUUCAGUCGUGUCAGGAUUGUCUGGGGUGGAAUGGAACAGUCAAGUAGUUGAAAGUUUUUUUUUAGAGAUGGAAAGUUUGUGAACUCCUGUAAAACAUGCUGUAUUUGAAAUACAUCUGUUAAAACUUAAAAACUAAAGUGUGAUUUUUUUGUUGUUAUUGUUAAAUUUAUUGAAGUUUAGUCCCUUAAUCAGUGAAGGACAACCCUUAUUUAUUACCUACAGCAGUUGUAUAAUUUGCUGUUAGAAAUUCUGGUAUUGGGACAGUGGAUAAGCAGGUUAUCAUAUAGCAUAGAAUUCUUGAAAGAUACAUGUGGGGAAAAGUAGUCUCAAAUAAAAGCUAAUUUCUUUGAAAA